UUCGGAUUUGGUGAAAUCAGUCGACCCUAAGAAAAGGGGUUAAUGUUAAAAAGCUCGUAUGGAAUCGAAAUUGGAAGGCUAUAGGAAAACCAAACGUCGUCAAGCGCUCCUGAACGAUUUCAAAGAUAUCAUCUACAACAUGGUAUCUUUCCAGCAAGUGCGCGUUGAAGAGAAAUCGACGCACGUCAUUAUCGAAACAGAUACUCAGACCGUGACGGAUGAAACCCACAAAGAAUCACCCCGCGCCCAGCAUGUGCGAACCAAACGAAGCCCGGCGAACCCUGAGCCAGUCGAUUCCGGCUCGGAACUGUCCGAUCCGUCCGAUGCGCCACCGGAGGAGGAAGAAUCAAUGCCUAGGCCACGAUCUCUGUUAACGUACCUCACGUACCUGGUGUAUUUUCUGUUUUGGGUCACACUUUACGCCAUUGCGAUCGAGCUACGUUUCGGAGUGGUAUUUCUAAUGCUGUCGGCGCUUCUAGGCAUCUACUUCAAUACGCGCACGAAAAAGAGUCCGGGUGAAAUAAGUGCGUACAGCGUGUUUAACAAGAACUGCGAAGCAAUCGACGGGACACUGAAAGCUGAACAAUUUGAACGAGAAAUAGGCAUAAGGCAUUGACUGUGGAGUGUGGCUCUGGGGAUUUUACUAAAUAUAUAUAAAUAUAA